AUGGUCAGCAUCAUUGCAUGUGUGGGUAAAUGCCUGCGGCAGGACACGCACUUGCCGCCUUGGGCCCUUUCCAUGUUGAGGACCCUGGGAAGGAGCCUCGGUCCCUUAAUGGCCAACAUGGCAGAGAAAAACAUGAGGAUGUUCUCGGGAAGGGCGGUGCCAGCCCCAGGGGAGGAAGCCUUUGAAAACUGGCUGAUCCAAGUCAAUGGGGUCGUGCCAGACUGGAAUAUGUCUGAGGAGGAAAAGCUCAAGUGCUUGAUGAAAACCCUUAGGGGCCCUGCCCAGGAGGUCUUGUGUCUGCUUCAGGUGGCCAACCCCAACCUAGGUGUGGCAGAUUUCUUGCAGGCCAUGAAAUUGGUGUUUGGGAAAUCUGAAAGUAGUAUGACUGCCCAUGGUACAUUUUUUAAUACCCUGCAGGCACAGAGGGAGAAAGCCUCCCUAUAUGUGAUCUGUUUAGAGGUGUAGCUGCGGAAUGCCAUUCAGGCAGGCAUCUUAGCUCAGAAAAAUGCAAACCAGACUCGCCUGCACCAGCUUUUAGGUGCUGAGCUGAAUAGGGACGGGCAGUUCAGGCUUAAGCAUCUUCUCAGGACUUAUGCAAAUGAUCAAGAGCGACAUCCCAAUUUCCUGGAGUUAAUCAGGAUAAUAAGGGAGGAAGAGGAUUGGGAUGACACUUUCAUUACGGGGAAGCGGCCCAGAAGAUCUGAGCCAAUAAUGGAGAGGGCAGGCAGCCCUUAUGUGGCCUUUGAGGGCCCCCAGCCAAUAGUGACUGGCAAUGCUAACUGCCAUUGCAACGUGAUAGAACCAGAGGAUAGCCUUGAAGACUCAGAGGAGGAUGUGAUUCUAGUGGAGUCUAGGGACCCUCCACUUUCAUCCUCAACUGCUCCUCCCUUCAGAGUCAGGGCCAGACCUCGGGAUCAAGUGCUAGUGAUUGAUUCCCCCAAUAAUUCUAGGGCUCAGUCUCCUUCCACCAGUGCUGCUUCUGGGUGAAAGCGAAAAUGCACGGUCCUCUGUUCAUAUUGUGGUGAGGAGUGCCUUUCAAGAGAAAGCUGUAACCGUGAGAGCAGCAACCCACAGGUUUUUGAGAACCUCUUCACACAUCAGAAGGACCUGGUUCAACCACAGUAA